UAAUCACUACGUUACCUCCUCAGAUGUCCGGCUUGGUGUGACCGGGUCCUCCUGUCUCAGUCAGCGCGUCUACUGGUGCAGCAUGACACCGCCAGACCCGCAGACAACCGCCAUAUGCAUGCAUCCAGGAAGUCAGUAACGGACUCGACAGACAGCAGCGGGCGCGUGUCGUCGUCCGACAGUAGCCCCGCGCGGUCCGCCUCGCCCGCGCACGCGCAGGGUAGUCCUGGUAAGACCUUGGAGAAGAAGAGCAGCCUGGCGGAGUUGGACGGUCUGGCGGUCCCCGCCCCCUCACUCAGCAGGAAGAGCAUCGCCGACCCCACCAGCGUCCAGCAAGCUAUCUCCGCCAGAAUGUCUGAAGAAGGUUGCGGUAGACGUCGCUUAGUUCGUAACCAGUCGGAAGGGGAGCCAGCCCCCCGCGAGCGCCGGGACCCCGCCCCCCGACGCCGCCCCGCCUAUGGGGUCAUUGGGGAUUCCGCCUGCAUGGGGGACCAUAAGCCGAUCUACCUCCGUGUGAUGCUGCAGAGUGACCGAGGUAGGCUCCAGUGCUGCGCCCCCCCUCGCGCGUGCUCGCUGUGUACCAGUGCCGCCCUGCUUCCCUCCUCCCUGUCCCUCCUCUGCCCACUCCCAACGCUGGCCCCACUACCGCGCCUGCCUACAGACCCCGAUCUCUACGCGAACAAAAAACUCAAAAUCCCUACCAUAUCUAGUAGUCACCCAGCUAGCCUAACUGAUGAGAAAUUAAAAAGAACAAGAACUGGAUCCCUUAAUGAGACUAUGCUUAGGAUACCACAAGUAGAAAUCACUAGUGCGGACUCCAGUCUCGAUGGCGUCUACGUAAACGAUGUCGAUAAUACACUACUCAGUGUCCGUCGAUGUAUCGAUCCCUACACACCAGAAAGUAUCGAUUCCCACAGCCCUAACGUCGAAGCAUCCUCUGGCUCCGACGAAGUAUCGAUAGAAGUGACAGAAAAAUCGACUAAUAAUAACAAUAAUAAAUCGACGAAAUUGAGUAGGGAUCGCAGUGUAUCGCCUACGCAGUUGAAGAAUCGAUUAGAUAAGUUGUUGAGUGAUAAGGAGGAGGUUAAAUCGAUACCUGAAUUGCAAAGGUUGCAUAGUCGAGAGUCUUGUAAGUCGGAGGCUAGUAAAAAAGGGGGAUUAUGUUGUUUAGCCCUAAAAUGCUAUGGGUUCUGUAGGCGGCGCGCGCGCAGAGUGAAAUGUGACUGUAGCCUCGCCAAGUGUUGCUCCUGACAUAGUAGAUAGUGAUGUGACUUUGUUGUUUAGUCGAUUCCCUUUUUAUCGAUUGUUUAUCAUCGAUUUUUUUCAUUGCAAUAUUUAGUG